AUGCUGGAAAAUUUUGCACGCUUGGUACUCGCCAGCAACCAGCACAGACGCCAGCACUCCAGCGCCAUGGACCAGUCGACGUACGAGCUGGACGCAGUCGGGCCAGACGCCCUGUUUAACGACAGGGUGCGCCGGUUCCAGGAGUUUUUGGACACGUUUGCCACGUACAAGGACGCAGUGACGCGUGUUUGGCAACAGCAGCAAGAACAGCAGCACUACGAUGAGAAGAAGCCGUUGGAGAGUGGCGCGCCGCCCGCGCGCAGGAUCACCGUUUCCUUGGACGAUCUCCGCGAGUUCGACAGGUCCUUCUGGACAGGCGUGCUCACGCAACCUGCGUAUUUCAUCCCGCCAGCGGAGAGAGCACUCUCCGAUACGGCAGCGGUGCUUGCGCUGUCCGCCGCGGACGGCGGUGCUGGUGCCCGUGCCGCUUGGCGACUCUCCUUCAGUGGGGCAUUGGGGGCACACGCCCUCUCGCCACGUACACUGGACUCGACUUUCCUCAACAAGUUGGUCGCCGUGGAGGGGAUUGUCACGCGAACGUCGCUAGUGAGGCCAAAACUGAUCAGGUCAGUGCAUUUCGCUCAGAAGACCGGCAGGUUCCACUACAGGGACUACACGGACGCUACAACAACACUCACCACUAGUAUCCCGACCCCGGCAAUCUACCCAACCGAGGACCCAGAGGGCAACAAACUCACCACCGAGUACGGGUACUCCACCUACGUCGACCAUCAGCGGAUCACCGUGCAGGAGAUGCCCGAAUCCGCCCCCGCGGGGCAACUCCCCCGUUCAGUGGACAUCAUUCUCGAUGACGAUCUCGUCGAUAGGACGAAACCAGGGGACCGUGUUGUCAUUGUGGGUGUGUUCAAGUCCAUGGGGGCAGGUGGGCUUAACAAACAGGACAGCGGAGCGGCACAGCAGGGCGGGUUCCGUACAUUAGUCCUGGGGAACGCAGUGUACCCGCUCCAUGCACGGUCCACUGGUGUCUCCGCUCACGAGACACUCUCCGACUUCGAUAUCCGCAAGAUCAAUAAGUUGUCCCAGCGCCGCGACGUGUUCGAGAUCCUCGCCCAGUCCCUUGCACCUUCCAUCUACGGACACGAGCACAUCAAGAGAGCGAUUUUGCUCAUGUUGCUGGGCGGGGUAGAGAAGAAUCUGGAUAACGGGUCGCAUCUCAGAGGGGAUAUCAAUAUCCUCAUGGUAGGUGACCCCUCGACGGCGAAAUCACAAUUGCUUCGGUUCGUGCUUAACACUGCGUCACUAGCGAUCGCCACCACGGGGAGAGGGUCCUCAGGUGUCGGUCUUACAGCGGCAGUCACCACGGACAGGGAAACCGGUGAGAGAAGACUAGAGGCUGGUGCGAUGGUCCUCGCAGAUAGGGGAGUUGUCUGCAUUGACGAAUUCGACAAGAUGACCGACGUAGAUAGGGUCGCCAUCCACGAAGUCAUGGAACAACAGACAGUCACGAUCGCAAAGGCUGGGAUCCACACCACUUUGAACGCAAGGUGUAGUGUCAUCGCCGCGGCAAACCCGGUCUAUGGCCAAUACGACGUCAACAGGGACCCACAUCAGAAUAUCGCUCUACCAGAUUCGUUGCUGUCCCGUUUCGAUCUCUUGUUCGUCGUCACGGACGACAUCAACGAGAUCAGGGACAGGUCCAUCAGUGAACACGUCCUCAGAACGCACAGGUACUUACCGCCAGGGUACCUCGAAGGUGAACCCAUCAGGGAGAGUAUCAACCUCAGUCUUGCUGUCGGCGUCCCAGACGCGGACGCAGCAGAGGACGCCACGGGACGAGGCAAUGAGGGCCAACAGGAGGAGGACGACAGUGUCUUUGAGAAGUUCAACCCGCUGUUGCAAGCAGGUGCCAAAUUGGCAAGGAACCGCGGGGACUACAACGGGACAGAGAUCCCGCAAUUGGUAGCGAUCCCGUUCCUCAGGAAGUACAUACAGUACGCGAAGGAGCGGAUCACGCCGCAGUUGACGCAGGAUGCAGUGAACAUCAUCGUUAAGCAGUAUGCGGAACUCAGAAACGACGAGAACACGAAGAAAUCACCCAUCACGCCAAGGACUCUAGAGACGUUGAUCAGACUCGCCACUGCGCACGCAAAAGUGAGAUUGUCAAGGACGGUCGAAAGGAGAGACGCGCAUGCUGCAGCAGGACUGUUGCGGUUUGCUCUUCUGGGGGAGGACAUUGGAGACGAUUUGGCAGAUAACGAGUUCGACUCACCUAGAAGGUCCCCCAAGAAAUCACCUAAAAAGAAACCAAGAGUGUCCACCACGUCAUCACCAUCGAAGGCAUCGUCUCUCUCGUCCACGCCAAUGGGCGUCACCUCGACACCAAGAGGUACACUCAGGAGGCUGAGACUGGAUGAUGAGGACUAUGAGGACGCAGGAGAGGGUGCUGGUGACAACAACGACGCACAGGAGGCAGAGGUAAUGUCACCACUGGCACAUGAGGAGGAGCUCGAGUUGCAGAGAAGGUUAGAAAUGGGUCUGAGAGUGUCCCCAAGACGCCAAGAACAGUUGUCGUCGCCCAGUAAAAAAUCCGCAGGGCCCCUCACGGAACGUGACACUCCAAGUUUGCCCAACUUACCAGCGGGCGAUCAACAACAAUCGCAAUCACAAAUACAGUUACAGUUACAGUUACAGCAAGAGGAGGAAUCUGCACAAUCCUUCGCCAACGUCGAAAGAAGCAGCAUUUCAACGAGCAGAUUAUCAUUGAUAUCCGGUAUCAUCGCCAAACUGAUGCAAACAGAGUUGUUCGAAGAGGAAUGCUACCCAGUGAGCGCCCUCCUUGAUAGAAUCAACGAGCAGGUACCAGAAGAAGACCAGUUUACAGCUCCGGAAUACCUCGCUGGACUAGAAAUUAUGUCUGACAGAAACAACCUCAUGAUAAGUGAGGAUAAAGUCUGGAGGGUGUAA